AUGGGGUGUUUUGGGGGGGUUUUUGGGGUUGUUGGGGGUUUGGUGUGGGAUGGGUUGUGGGGGUGGGUUUUUGGUAUUUGUUGGGGUGUUGUGUUAUGGGGUGGGUUUGUUUGGGUGUAUUUUGAUGGGGGUGGGGGGUGGUUUUUUUUUAUGUUGGUUGGAUUGAUGUUUGAGUUUGGUAGUGAAGGGAGGUUUUGUGGAUGGGUGGGGGGGGGUUUGGGUGGGGUUGGUUGGGGUUGGGGGUUGGAGGGGGGGGGGUGGGGGUGGGUUGUGGGGGGUUUGGUUUGUGUGUGUGGGUGGUGGUGUGGGGUUUGGUUUGGUUAUGUGAGGGGUGGGUGGAGGGGGGGGGGGGGUGGGUGGUUGUUAUGGGGGGGGUAUGGGGGGGUUUGUGUUUUGUUGUGGGGGUGGGGGUGGUGUGGGGGGUGGGUUGUUGUGGUGUUUUGGGGGGUGUUAGUGUUUUGGGUGUUGGUGUGUGGUUUUUGGGUGUUUGGGGGGUGUUGUUUGGUGUUAGGGGGUUUGUUUGGGUGGGUGAGGGUGGUAUGGGUUGGUUGGUGGGGGAUGGGGGUGUGGGGGUGGUGGUUGUGGGGUGAUGUGGAGUUUGUUGGGUAG